AUCAAUGUUUACACUUACAGUCAAGCAGUCCAGAAGCUGAGAGCAAUGGAUGUUGUCCCAUUUGAGAACAAGAUUCCCAAGAUUUACACUUCAACUAUCCCACAUCCUGCGAAGGUCGAUUAUUUUCAUUAUGCGGUUGACAACACAGAUGUCUGUUCUGGAUACGUUUUCACAGGACCGCCAUUCGGGCUCGUCAGUCUACGCCAAGACGUAUAUUUCCGCCUGAAGGAAAAAGGGAUGGCAGGCGAUACUGUGAAACACAAUUUUACGGAGCAUCUCAGAUACAAGUAUCUGCUUUACAAUGAUGGGAACUCCUUGUCCGACAGAACUCGGAUCUUGCUUCCCAUCCAUGCUGUGAUGAUUCGCCGGCGUGGUUCGGCAUACGAAGAAUUUUACACCUACAAACUAAAAGAAAAUACUCACUUCGUCAGCUAUCAAGAUACGACAGAAUUGAAGCAAAUUGUGAUUCGUUUAGAAUCGUUUCCCCAUCUGAGCAAGAAAAUCAUCCAAGAGAACAACGCCUUUGUUGAUGAACAGCUGACUUUUGAAAAUGUUUUAGAGUAUACUGCACAUCUUCUACAUGAGCUACUUGUAACCUAAUAAAUGAAUCUGGCCACCUACGAAGGAAGGCUUAGUACAAGC